CUGCUUUAUUGUGCAAGGCAAGCACAAGCAUUUCAGGGUAAGAAAUCGCUUUCUGAAUGUAUUGUUAUGAUUAGAAUAUUUGUUUGAAAUCUUACCUAUUUUAUAAAAGGCCCUGAGAUAUUUGCAUUUAACAACAUAGAUGGUUUAUACAAAAACAGCCUUUUGCAAUGUGUGUUCGGGUCAAGGAUAGAAAGAAAAAUUGAUCACCAAUAUUGCGUGGAGUGCAGUUCUACAUCUUUCUGGUUCUAGUCCUCUGCUACCUAAUUUUUAAAGGGACAGUCUACACACCAUAACCACAAUAUGAUUGUCUUAAUGGUUAUGGCCCCAUUAGGCCAAGGUCUGUCUGUGUGCUGACCCUCUGCAGCUGCUCAUUUAUUUUAAAUUGUUUUAAAGGAACACUUCAGGCACCCUCCCCCCCCCCUCUUUAAACACUUCAGUGUGUGGUUCAGGUGAGCUAACAUUUGCUUUUGGCUCUCACUUCCCCGGGAGGGAGGUGGGAAGCAGUGCCAAAUGAUUUUACCACUUACAAUGGAGGGGCGCCAGGCCACAAACUGUAGUGGUUAUGGUGCUUGGAGUUUCUUAAAAUAUUUUUUAUAAUUCUUAGAGUAGGUCGUACUGCUUCUUGUUUAUUGCUGGAUAUACGAUUAACCAUUGAGACUUGAGGAAAUGCAAUUUACAAAUACAAAAGAUUUGUUUUAGGGUUACAUGAUUUUUAAUAUAACAGAUUGGAAUACAUCAAGUUUUAAUAUUUAAAGGAAGACAAUAAAACUCCUCCUCCCCCGUUUUGUUCCUGCUUUAUUCAAAUAUAGUAUCAAAAUGUGCACAAAAAAAUAAAUAAAAGAACAAGCUAGCAGAAAGGUUAUGUACUUUUUGCUGUUGUUACAAUACUGUACUAAUUUUGGAAAUGUUACAAUUCUCGCUUAAAGGAACACUCUAGGCACCAAAAACCACUACAUCGUAAAGUAAUGUUUUUAGUGCAUAGAUGCUGUUAAAUUUUCUCUGGCUAUAUAUAUAUAUUUGAUACAUUGCUAAACACAAAUACACACACAUCAGUCAAGCCAUAAGACUUGCUUUUCCCACAGAAAUCGCACUUUAACAGUGCUCUCACUACUGCAAGGGAUUCUGGGUAGGCGUAUGCAAAUGAGCUCAAUAAAGAACCAGCGAGCCAAUAACCAACCUCAUGCUGAUGAGUUGCAUUAAAGGGAUGCUCCAGGCACCCAGACCACUUCUGCCCAUUGGAGGGGUCUGGGUGCCAGCUCCCACCACCCUUAACCCUGCAAGUGUAAUUAUUGCAAUUUUUAUAAACUGCAAUAAUUACUUUGCAGGGUUAAGUCCUCCUCUAGUGGCUGUCUAUCAGACAGCCUCUAGAGGGACUUCCGUGUUCUCAGAACACAAAAAGUGUGUUAAACGAUGCUGGACGUCCUCAUGCUAUCUGAGGACCUCCAGCGUCACUGAAAUCCCCAUAGGAAAGCAUUGAAUAAUUGCGCGUGCGUGGCCAUUGCCUCGGCUGACGUCGGCGGGGGAGGGAGAGCAGGCGGAGCCUGACCCAGCGCCGAGGGAAAUCGGCGCUGGACUCCGGUAAGUCACUGAAGGGGUUCUAACCCCUUCAGCAACUUGGGAUGGGGGGUGGGAGGGAGAGAGAGACACUGUAGGGUACUGCAGUGCCAGGAAAAUGAAUAUGUUUUCCUGGCACUGGCGAGUCCCUUUAACAACUAAACAGCUGACCAUGAGUGGUUCACCGGCUUUGCUCCUCUUCCUAAGUUGUUUCAAACUUUUGUAUACAGCAGACACAUACUCCAAGGAAUCCAUGUGUAAAGUGGAAUUAUGAGGCAAAAAUUCUUUGUUGAGCUAAUUUGCAUAUGCCUACCCAGAAUCCCUUGCAGUAGUGAGAGCACUGUUAAAGUGAGAUUUGAAUUCAGCUCAUGAAAAAUGGGGGCAAAAACAAAAGUGUUGCGUUUAUAAUUUUGUUCAGUGUGUGUAUAUAUAUAUGUACUGCUCAAAAAAAUAAAGGGAACACUUAAACAACACAAUGUAACUCCAAGUCCAUCACACUUCUGUGAAAUCAAACUGUCCACUUAGGAAGCAACACUGAGUGACAAUCAAUUUCACAUGCUGUUGUGCAAAUGAGAUAGACAACAGGUGGAAAUUAUAGGAAAUUAGCAAGACACCCCCAAUAAAGGAGUGGUUCUGCAGGUGGUGACCACAGACCACUUCUCAUUUCCUAUGCUUCCUGGCUGAUGUUUUGGUCUCUUUUGAAUGCUGGUGGUGCUUUUAUUAUUAUUAUUACUAUUAUUAUUGCCAUUUAUAUAGCGUCAACAGAUUCCGACACUUUCACUCUAGUGGUAGCAUGAGACGGAGUCUACAACUCACACAAGUGGCUCAGGUAGUGCAGCUCAUCCAGGAUGGCACAUCAAUGCGAGCUGUGGCAAGAAGGUCUGCUGUGUCUGUCAGCGUAGUGUCCAGAGCAUGGAGGCGCUACCAGGAGACAGGCCAGUACAUCAGGAGACGUGGAGGAGGCCGUAGGAGGGCAACAACCCAGCAGCAAUACCGCUACCUCCGCCUUUGUGCAAGGAGGAACAGGAGGAGCACUGCCAGAGCCCUGCAAAAUGACCUCCAGCAGGCCACAAAUGUGCAUGUGUCUGCUCAAACGGUCAGAAACAGACUCCAUGAGGGUGGUAUGAGGGCCCGACGUCCACAGGUGGGGUUUGUGCUUACAGCCCAACACCGUGCAGGACGUUUGGCAUUUGCCAGAACACCAAGAUUGGCAACUUCGCCACUGGCGCCCUGUGCUCUUCACAGAUGAAAACAGGUUUACACUGAGCACAUGUGAAGGACGUGACAGAGUCUGGAGAUGCCGUGGAGAACGUUCUGCUGCCUGCAACAUCCUCCAGCAUGACCGCUUUGGCAGUGGGUCAGUAAUGGUGUUCGGUGGCAUUUCUUUGGGGGGCCGCACAGCCCUCCAUGUGCUCGCCAGAGGUAGCCUGACUGCCAUUAGGUACUGAGAUGAGAUCCUCAGACCCCUUGUGAGACCAUAUGCUGGUGCGGUUGGCCCUGGGUUCCUCCUAAUGCAAGACAAUGCUAGACCUCAUGUGGCUGGAGUGUGUCAGCAGUUCCUGCAAGACGAAGGCAUUGAUGCUAUGGACUGUCCCGCCCGUUCCCCAGACCUGAAUCCAAUUGAGCACAUCUGGGACAUCAUGUCUAGCUCCAUCCACCGUCAUGUUGCACCACAGACUGUCCAGGAGUUGACAGAUGCUUUAGUCCAGGUCUGGGAGGAGAUCCCUCAGGAGACCAUCCGCCACCUCAUCAGGAACAUGCACAGGCGUUGUAGGGAGGUCAUACAGGCACGUGGAGGCCACACACACUACUGAGCCUCAUUUUGACUUGGUUUAAGGACAUUACAUCAAAGUUGGAUCAGCCUGUAGUGUGCUUUUCCACUUUAAUUUUGAGUGCGACUCCAAAUCCAGACCUCCAUGGGUGGAAAAAUCUGAUUUCCAUUUUUUUCAUUUUUGUGCUAUUUUGUUGUCAGCACAUUCAACUAUGUAAAGAACAAAGAAGUAUUUCAGAGGAAUAUUUAAUUUAUUCAGAUCUAGGAUGUUUUAUUUUUGUGUUCCCUUAUUUUUUUGAGCAGUGUAUAUAAAUAUAAAAAUCUUUGCUGAAAACACGCCUUUUCCUCCUUCACACCCUUCAACUUUUGAAAGGCUACAUGUUCAACAUGAUCACUCGCAGCAUGAUUAUGCUAAUGCAAUUUCUCAAAGAGAACCACUUGAUUGACAGAUCAUAGCACAAUUGGACAGUGAGGAUCAUGGAUUAUGAUUACACAGUGGGCAGUUCAGGCUACCUGCUGGAUUCCAGGUAAGUUUAAUAGCUUUUUAAUUAUUAUUAAAAAAUUUUUUUAGCAGGGGCAUGUUGGUGGAGUUCCUCUGAAUAAAUGUGAAAUUUAAGCCUAAAUUGCAAGCUAUUCUAUUAAUUUCUAUAGCUAUUUCUUAUUAGAAGAGUUAAGGGACCACCCUGGUCUGGCUUUGGAGUGACUUGACCACAGUUUUCAAGUUUACGUUUGUGGCCUAGAGCAGCCUGUGGACAGUAGGGUGGCCGAUGUGCUAGCUUGGUGCAUUCCGGCCAAUUGGUGGCCUUUUGAGUGUGCCUUGUUCCCCUCUGUGGCUACAUGCAACAGUGCAACAAUAUGGCAGAUGCCCUGUGUCCUUUGGACUUCUAAGGUUAGCCACCUUCUAAUACAUCUUUGCUUCUUUGCUGGGUGACAUUAGCCUCUCAUCUGCCGUCAUCUAGUUGAGGAAUUCCUCCUGACCUCAGAGUCUUCCACAGAAUGCGGUCACAACCAUGGGAAGGCAUCGACACUAUGUGGGAAAUCUGUGUGGCCUGCUUCUGCACCACAGCCUCUGUAGUCCAGAAUGCCUCUCUAUCAUCUUAGCGACAGUCUUUCGAGGGCCUUGGUACUUUUCUAUUUACAAGGGGAAGUGUCUUGAUACUUGGCUGGACAUGCAUGUCUCUUCUUCACCAAUGUUGCUAUUGGUGCCAGUGAGCCUUUAUCACAUUCAUUUUUUACAACAUAGGUGACUGCUUUUGUCAAGCCUAGGACUUGACUAGACCUGACUUUUUUUCAAACCUAGCCCAAAUUGUCCUUUAGGAGGACUUUAAUAUUAGACUCGGCAAGCUUGUUUAUUUGUUUUAUUUAUUUAUGUGCCUUCUUGGUGGUUUUUUUUCCUCACCUCAACAAUGUCGAUUGCUAGUUUUCAUUCAUUUAUUUUUCUUGUCAAGAAUUUGCUAAUAUUCUGUUAUUUUCUUUAACUUUCAAAAGUGAGGAAUUAUUUAAAGUCUGUGUAACUAGAAAUUCCAUAAUGUAUUGCACUUACAAAACAUUAUUUUGUAUUAUUCAUGCUUUAUUGCGCACGUAUACCUCAAUAAAAAAAUUGACCAUAAAAUUAAAUAAAUUUUUAAAAAUAUUUAUAUAUUUUUUGAACAUUGGUGUUCUUUUUAAGGGUUCUGCAAAACUGCAGGGCAUGUCUGCUUCUUAUAAAGCGGGGGUAGACAACAUUCAGCACUCCAGAUGUUAUGGACUACUCCCAUAAGGCUUUCACAGCCAUAAUGCUGGCAAGUCAUCAGGGGAAGGUUGCCGUUGCCUGUUACAAAGGUUGGGUAAAUAUUAAUGGCAAAAAUCAUACAUGCUUAGUAAGUCCAUAACUUUCAUGAUGCCUUGCUAUUCUAAAUGUUGGUUCUACAACAUCUGGAGAUCUUUUGUUUGUCCAAACCCUGCCAUAGGGCAUGAUAUCCGAAUGAUUAGGGGCAUUUCUUCACUAAACUUUAAAUUGUAAUCCUAAUAGUAACAUUUACCGGUAGUUUAAAAUAUUCAAGCUGUAACUAUGGCUCAGUGGGAGCAUUGAUUUCAGCUCAGCUAAUAUAACCUACACUUUGCCAUUCAGAAUUAAAUUUACUGCAAUUUGGAGUUUAGUGAUUAAGCCUCUGUGAUGUAUAAGAUGAGCAGUGGUUAGAAAUGUCAACGUGAUUUUUCAACACUUCUCCAUAAUAUUAUUCUAGACUGAGAAUGGCUUCCUCUGAGGAUUUGAGAGAAUCAGAAGAUAAGAAAGUGGAUGUAAUGAACAUUCAAGAGUGUAAUCCCUUGGAAAUGGAAAAAUCUAUGUCUUUUGUAAAUGCGGACUUUCAUCAACUUGCUGCUGAAAAUAAUGCGAAAUAUGCAGCCAUACGCCAGCAGUUGGGGAACAGCUACAAUGCAUCCAUGAGAAGUGAAACCAGGAGGCUGAAAUCUUUCCACUCAUAUAUAAAACUUUCAUCAUGGUGUCCAAAGUUGAUGGCCAACGCAGGAUUUUAUUUCACUGGAGUGGAGCACAGUGUCCAGUGCUUCUGCUGUGGCCUUGUUUUCUGUACAACGAGCCUACGAAUCCCUCCGUAUGAAGAUCAUGUGAAACACAAUCCUACAUGCAUGUUCAUUCAAGGCAAAGAUGUUGGCAACAUCCCCAAGUAUGAAGUGCGUGUUCAACAGUCAGAGACUGAUGGUACAAAUCUACAGCCCUCUCCUCAGUUCACAACAGAGGAAUCAAGGCAAACAACCUUUUCUGGCUGGCCUUUCUAUGCCAGGACUCAACCAGCUGAACUUGCCAGAGCAGGAUUCUUCUUUACUGGUGAGGGUAUUAAAAUAUUGGCUAAACCUCUUCAAAGGCCACUGUAAUUUUAACAUAUAUUUAUUUAGGCCGAUUAUAUAUUUUUUGUUUCCAUGUGUAUUAAUUAGAAGUAUAUUUAGUAUUAUAUUUUUGGCUGCCCCAGCCGGUCUAUGUACCGCCAACCCUUAUACACGUUAUCUCUUACACAUGCAAAACUAACCACACAAUACAUGUUUAGAUAGCUUAGACCACUUGCACACACAUAUACUAUCAGUAAAUGAAGAGUCAUGCCCUCUCUACCUCUACUGGUAAUGAGAAGAAGGGAGGUAAAGUAAGAAAUCCUGAUUGUGUCUCUGGCUUCUAGGGGGAGCAGGAGAGCUGUUGAUUGUGACACAAAGACCUGGUCCUGCUUCUUCUGGUUGGGUUAUCCACCGGAAUAUCAGCUCACAUUCUCACACCCUCUACUUCCCAAGGGUACCCACGGCAUAUUGCAAGAAAAGUAAUAAAAAGACAAAAUAAAUUAAAGUGUGCAACAUCAACUGAAAAACACAAUACUUGAAAGUGCUCUUAUAAUGUUCAGAUAUAUAUAAAAUAACUUUAAAAAGGCAAAUAGAAAAUGUACAUAGUGCAAUCUAUUCGAUAAGCAACAAAUAUAAUUUUAUAAAAGAACCACUCACAUGUGUAAGAGCAGUAUCAGGCUCUAUGUAAGGCAUCCCAGGAUGCCUGUACCGGCUGCGAUGUUACCUCUCUGCAGGAGACAUACAGAUCAAAGUAACAGAGAAUGCUCCAAUAUUUAUUCUAGUACAGUAUUAAAAUACAUGCGGGGAGGAGCCCAAAUAUGCGUUGGUCACAAACUGAUAUGCAUUGAAGGAUCUAAAACUGAUGGCAACCCACUAGCAAAGAAAUACUAUUUUUAUUAGUGAUAUUGCAGAAGGUCUUGAUGGUAAGGUAUGUCUUUUUGCUGAUGAAACUAAGAUAUGUAACAGGGUUGAUGUUCCAGGAGGGAUAAGCCAAAUGGAAAAUGAUUUAGGUAAACUAGAAAAAUGGUCAGAAUUGUGGCAACUGACAUUUAAUGUGGAUAAGUGCAAGAUAAUGUGGAUGUGCCGGGACGUAAAAACCCAAGGGCAGAGUACAGAAUAUUUGAUAGAGUUCUAACCUCAACAUAUGAGGAAAGGGAUUUAGGGGUGAUUAUUUCUGCUGACUUAAAGGUAGCCAGACAGUGUAAUAGAGCACCAGAAAAUGCUAGCAGAAUGCUUGGUUGUAUAGGGAGAGGUAUUAGCAGUAGAAAGAGGGAAGUGCUCAUGCCAUUGUACAGAACACUGGUGAGACCUCACUUGGAGUAUUGUACACAGUACUGGAGACCGUAUCUUCAGAAGGAUAUUGAUACCUUAGAGAGGGUUCAGAGAAGGGCUACUAAACUGGUUCAUGGAUUGCGGGAUAAAACUUACCAGGAAAGGUUAAAGGAUCUUAACAUGUAUAGCUUGGAGGAAAGACGAGACAGGGGGGAUAUGAUAGAAACAUUUAAAUACAUAAAGGGAAUCAACACAGUAAAGGAGGAGACUAUAUUUAAAAGAAGAAAAACUACCACAACAAGAGGACAUAGUCUUAAAUUAGAGGGACAAAGGUUUAAAAAUAAUAUCAGGAAGUAUAACUUUACUGAGAGGGUAGUGGAUGCAUGGAAUAGCCUUCCAGCUGAAGUGGUAGAGGUUAACACAGUAAAUUAGUUUAAGCAUGCGUGGGAUAGGCACAAGGCUAUCCUAACUAUAAGAUAAGGCCAGGGACUAAUGAAAGUAUUUAGAAAAUUGGGCAGACUAGAUGGGCCGAAUGGUUCUUAUCUGCCGUCACAUUCUAUGUUUCUAUGUUUCUUUUUAAGAGGAUAAUGUUGUUUUUCCCUCCAUUUUUUUUUUUUUUUGUCAAUCUUUGUUUUAUUGCGGCAUAUGAGAUGGGAUACAGAAGAGAGAAAAUGGAAAUGUACGGUUUGUUCACAGGGUGGGGUCAAUACAUCGUUAGCAUUAGGUAGAUACAUUUCCACGUUUAGUAUUGCCACAUUUUUUGUUUAAGUCGAUUAACGAAAACAUAUAUAAAGCAUUUUGAAGGUAAGCAAACAACGGUUAUGUUAAGUUACUAUCAUAAUACUGGAGCCACGCUUGGAGCCCUGCAGUCAAUAUAUAUACAGUGCAAAUACAGUCAUGCUAUUCACCUAGACAUUAGUUAAAACGUUGGAAUCGUCUGAGUGCAGCGUGUCUAGAAACUUGUUAGAUAGCUAUCCAGUGCAAAGCAACCUGCUGAUACACUAUGUAGGUAGUAAACAUGCGAUUUCAAGGUAACCAACAAAAUAUGCGUAAACGUAGAUGUGCAGAAUAGACAUAUCUGCGGCUUAUGAGCACUCAUUACGUAUCAUUUCCAGGGUAACAAUGCCUUAUUUUUUAAGUUUAAACUGUAGCAUGGAAAUUCAGGCUAUGGAUUGUAUGAUCCAGUAUGUAACAUGCUAAAUUAACAGUGCAUGUACUAAUCUUAAUAUUCCAACAGUAUAAUACAGAGUAGGUUAAACCAUGAGUCAACUGGUGUGCCUUUGCCAAUCAUUAGGGUAGUUUAUAACAAGCUAUUGCGUUAUGAUUAUUUAACUGCUGCAUAUUGAUAAAAAUCACAGUCACAAGCAAGAGUGGCUUGAGACAUUGCAUGACAAUGAAAGUAACACAGGUGUGUGGUAUAGUGUGGGUGCAUGCUGCGGCACUAUAGUGGUUUGUGAGGAUGGAGCUGUACUAUCAGAGUCUGCUGUGAUGGACCUUCUCGGGGUCAGGCUGGUGUGUCGAUAUAUGUGUGCAGUGGUAAGCUGUUGUGACCGCCAUGCAGGUGGCGAGGGUAGUGUUGGUCUUAUGUGUGGUGCUUGCGUACAGCCAGCUGUGCCGGGUGAGUGUACUCUCUUGGUAGGGAUAAAGUAUGUGUUGCGUAUGGCUGGGUCUGAUUACCAUUGUAGGUGGCAUGCUUUAGAGUCUAUAGUUCAGUUGGUUAAUAGUUUAGUCUCUGCGUUGUGGGCUAGGUUGUUGGUUGCGGGCCGCGGCCUGCAUGAGUCCGGGUUGCCUCACCCUAUGCCCGUUCUGGUGGCUCUGCUUGAGCGACUGGGUAAGUGUAGGCCACACAGGCUCCCUGUGGGCGGGAGUUCCGGCAGCAUUUUCAGGUGGGUCAGCGAGGAGUAGAGGUGGUUGCGGCUGGGGGUUUCUCCCUUAUUCCCGGCAUCAUGUGGGGUUGGCACCAUGUGGACACAGACUCGGUUGCCUCUCGGGGCCGGGUCUUUCCCAUGAUGAUCGCUGUGGAGGGCCCUGGUGGUUGUCCGCCGCCAGCGGCGGGCGGCUCUCCUGCGGUGUGGUCGGUGGAUAGGAGGGAGUCUCUUAAUGUUCCCCUGCCUGGAUGGGUGUUCCGCCUGUCGGUGCGCGGCGGCUUUUCCCGGGGUCUGCCCGCUCUGCCUUACAGCCUGGGUCUGCCUCACCUCUUCUUGGUGUUUAAGGGUUUGGUGUUUAAAAUUUAAAAAAAUGUAUGCAGACCCCUCCAGCUACUUGCCACUGCUAGCCAAAUGUUUUAUAUAAUUUUCAAAUGCAUAACGUUAUAAACUUAGUGAUCUUUGAAUCUGUGAUUGUGCCAUGACCAUUUGUGUUCAUAUCGUGUUUUUGCAUGUCAUGUCUUCAGGGCUCAGGGACACUGUGCAGUGCUUCUCAUGUGGAGGGUGCCUGGGAAACUGGGAAGAGGAGGAUGACCCCUGGAAAGAACAUACAAAGUGGUUUCCUGAGUGAGUUAAAUUUGACUGGAGUCAGUCAAUGGAAGAGGCAGGGACCCAAAACAGCCAGGAAGACAAGAAAAACAGAACAAUAUAUAAAACGAGAAAAAAAAAGAGAUCACAGAAGUAACGAACACAAAAUAGAUAGUAGAGUAGCAUACACUAUACAGAAUAUAGUGAUAUCCAGAAAGACCAAACAGUUACUUCAAAGUAUAAAUAAAAAGAUAUGGAAUUUUAAAUUCUUAGCUUUAGUGAAGAGGUAAUCCUAAUUUUAUUAAUGACAAGAGGCAAACAGAGACCGUUUAUAAGGGUGAGCCCCUUGUCUCCAUAAUACCUUCACGGUCUGUUUAUAGUGUGAAAAAAAUAAUAUAAUGCAAUCAUAGCAAACAUCUCACAAUAGAGAAGGUGGGAGUUAAAAAAAGGAAGAGGAAAAAACAAACAUACAAAAGGGAGAAUUGAAACUACACAGAGACGUAAAAUGAGAAGUGUAUAAGUGUAAUAAGAUAGAGAGGAGACAAAAAACAAAUUGAGACAUCAUGAUACAUGAAAGAGGAUGCAGGCAGAAUAAUGAGGAGAUGAUAAGAGGAUAUAACGGAAUUUUUAUCCGUGAACUAAUAUUAUAUUCUCUUUAUUUAGGUGCAAUUUUCUUGGGAGUAAGAAAACCCAAGUUGAAAUAAAGCAAUAUAUUAAAUCUUACGAUGGAUUCUCUGGAUUUAUGGUAAUUUUUGUUCAUUAUUAUCUUUUAAAAUGCUGCGUGAAGAGACAGGCCGUAUAAGUUGAUCAUUUACACAAGUUACACAAAUGCUAUUAGUAGGCCAUUAAUCGCAUUCCAGAAUAUCCCGCACUGCAGCCAUACCUCCUACCCUAAACUGCACCUCUUUGGUCAUUUGAAAUGUUGUGAUGUUUAUUACUGUAUAGCCUUGGUAACAGAACCUAAUGCCAGCAUUGCCAAAAAUCGACCCCUCCAGCUGUUGUAGAACUACAACUAUGGUGCUUGGCCAUCCUAUAUAAGUUUUUUGCUUGCUUUGAAAAUCAUCUCAAAAGUAAUCAAAAUAAUGUGAAUUCUCUUCUCUGUGGUUUGUCAUUCAUAGCGGAACUUACAGCAGCACCCUUCCAGAUAAUUGCUGUCAUAAGAAAAAAAAUCCAUGUCCGAUGGUACAUAAAUUACUGACAUUGUUUCACCUUGAGGAAUGGUUAACUUGCACAUUUCUAUCAUAGGCGUGAAAUUAAUAUUUAUGGAUAAGCUUUUUAAAUGAUUUAAUAAUUUUGAAAUACACUUUUAGAACGAUUUAAUAUCAAGAUAUGAAAUAUUUUUAUAUAUAAUAUAUAUAUUUUUUAAAUGAAAAAAAAUAUUUUUAAAGUUUAUUUUUUGUUUUGAAAAAAUCAUUUUAAAAGCUUGCUCAGAAAUAUUACAUUGAUGCCAUAGAUGGUAAACCUACGCCAUAUAUAUGAAUUUAUGGGGCACUUUGAACAUAUAUAUACUACAGUUUAUUUUAAUGGCUGUGAUGCCAGGAGUCUCCCCAUGGAAACAUACCUUUUAAUUUUCUCCCAAAUUUUCACUUACCUGCUGACAUUGUAUCAGGAAACCCAGCUUUCCCAUUUAGCCCUUCAAGUUAUUAUCCUUCACUUGUAGGAGCUGUGCAUUUUGUGUGUAAAAGCUCACAGCGUCCUGCAAAUGAAGGAGACUAACAGCUUAUUGGUGAAUGUAGAUUUCUCCAUAUAAGGUCACUGGGUAGAGGGGUGAAGAUUAGACACUGCCGAUUAGGACAGAAAUUAAGAAAAUGCUAAAGAAUUAAAAGGCAAGUUUCCAGGUACAGCUUCCAUAACUACUAAAAUAAGGUGAAAAGGUUAUGGUGCUUCGAGUGUCCCUUCAAUUAAAAGAUUUAAUAUGCCUAGAAUAUAAAUGUAUUGUGCCUUGAUCGUGGCCAUUUAUAUUUCAGGGCAAACAUUUCACGACGGUUCUCAGUGAAAAGACUUUACCCAUGGAGACACGUAAGUGACAUUAUUUUCUGGGCUAGAAGUAGGAUAAACAGAUGCCACCAUUACUGUAAGGAGUGACAUUUCUAAAAAAAUUCUUAAAUAGCGCUUCAUUAAAAAUUCCUUGAUCCUUGUGUGUGGAGGCUACUUGUGGUGCUGUAUGUCGCUCAUGGGGUGGCCUGUCUGGGAGUGGCUGCUUGUUGUGUUUGCUUAGGGGCUGUAGUGGGGGAAUAGUGACUUUAGGGGAGGGGGAGUAGUGGCUAUAGUGGGGGUAUAGGAGAUGCAAUGGGGUAAAAGAGGAUACAGUGGGAGCAGGGACGUAUUAGCCGCGAGGCAAACAAUGCAUUUGCCUUGGGCGGCAUUUUUCAGGGGGCGGCAAAAACUGCCGCUCCCCAAAUGCCCAGGGCAAAUGCCUAGUUAGCCUCGCGGCUAACUGACAUGCUGGGCGCUGGGCGGGCGGGCGGCUGGCGAGGUAGCUCUUCCUCUGAGCUGACUGCUCAGCUCACUCGCGCACCGCAGAGUGAGGCUGGAAGGCGGGUUGAUGACGUCAUAUUCCGGCUCCCAGCCUCACUCUGCGGCGCGCAAGGGAGCUGAACAGACCGCUCAGAGGAAGAGCUCCCUCGCCAGCCGCCCGCCCAGCGCCCAGCGCCCAGCAGCCACUGGACCCCCAGGGAGAAAGAGGAACCCCCCCCCCAGCAUUCCAAAAGUCUUAAUGUGAGUGAUUGUGUGUGUCUGACUGUCUGACUGUGUGUGUGUGUGUGUUUGUGUGUGUGUGUGUGUCUGACUGUGUGUGUGUUUGUGUCUGUGUCUGACUGUGUGUGUCUGUGUCUGACUGUGUGUGUGUGUUUGUGUGUGUGUGUCUGACUCUGUGUGUGUGUUUGUGUCUGACUGUGUGUGUGUGUGUGUGUGUGUGUGUCUGGGCUGUGUGUGUGUGUGUGUUUGUGUGUGUGUGUCUGGGCUGUGUGUGUGUUUGUGUCUGUGUCUGACUGUGUCUGUCUGGGCUGUGUGUGUUUGUGUGUGUGUGUCUGAUCUGUGUGUGUUUGUCUGACUGUGUGUGUGUGUGUGCUGUGUGUGUGUGUCCUGGGCUAUGUGUGUGUGUGUUUGUGUGUGUGUGUGUCUGACUAUUGUGUGUGUCGUGUCUGGGCUGUGUGUGUUUUAUUGACCUUGUGACUAUGUGUGUGUGUGUCGUGUGUUUGUGCUGACUGUUAUUGGUAUGUGUCUGACUGUGUGAACUUUGUCCUGACUGUGUGUCUGUGUGUGUGUUGUCUGUGUGUGUGUUAUUGUUUGGGGUGGAGGGAGGGUUGGGUUGGGAGUUGGUGAGGAGGUUGCCUGAGUUUUGUCAUGCCUAGGGCAGCACAAAACCAGGAUACACCACUGAGUGGGAGGACAGGAACUAUUGUGGAUGGAUAAUGGGUAUAGUAGGGUAACAGGGCUAUAGUGGGAUGACAGAGGCUAUUGCAGCAAUAGAUGGGAAAGAGGGGCUGUAGUGGGAGGAUAGGGACUAUUGUGGGGUGGACAGUGGGUCUAGUGUGGUGACAGGAGCUGUAUAUAGUUGACAUUGGAUGUAUUAGUGACGGGGCAAUUGUGGGAGGAUAGGGACUAUUCUGUGUGUAUAGUGGAGUGGUAGUGAGAGAAUAGGAGCUGUAGUGGGUGGAUAUGGACUAUUGUGGGGUGGAUAGUGGGUAUAGUUAGGUGACCAGGAUAGUCAUGGGGAUAUAGGGGCUAUACUGGGGUUACAGGGGCUCUAGCGGUUGGUAUGGGCUGUAGUGGGGUGACAGGAGCUGUUGUGGGGAGUAGAGUCCCCCCUUAGAGCCCCUGUCACUAAACUAGCGUCCCUCUAGGGUCUCUAGUAAGGAGUAGGGGCCCAUGUAGUACUAUUAAAAACAAAAUACAAAAAAACAAACUGAAACUAAUAUUUAUUCCCCUCUUCCUGAGGUCUAUCUUGAGGCUUAUGAGAAUUCUAAUCAUUGGUGGUCCAGUGGGAGAUGCAGACAGAUUCUCCUAGUGGUGCAGAUGGCAUCUUCUGGCUGGUGCCGGAAAAUGUAUCGGAGCAUUGCUAUGGUAACCUGCAGCCAGUGGUGUAUCUUGGUUUUGUGCUGCCCUUAACCCCCCAGCCUCCUUACCUUUGGGUAUAAUACACGGCGGCCAUCUUGGAGGAGGCAUAUACAUGCCGUUUUUUGCCGGAAAUACUCCAUAUAUGGAGUUAAGGACGGACUUUACAGCUGUAAAGGUUUUACCAGUAAUUAGAUUAAUUAUGUAUGGUAUAUAAGCAUGUUGUUUGACUGUCUUAUUAUGCACCUGAGGAAGACCUAUUGCACUAGGUCGAAACGCGUUGUGCUGUAUUUUUAUUUGUUUUAUAAUUAAAGUAUUCACUUUUCACUUACCUGGUCAUCCUGGUUCCUGACUUCUACAUUAAGAAGACGUUUGAUGGUUACCAUUGGAUUUAUACUACGUUAUUUGCACCAGAUUGAUAAACCUGCUUUAAAAGUUUAGAGCCAACUCUGAUAGGCUCUAAAUAUUGUGAGUUUUCCAAGUUUUCUUUACAUUUUAUUUAAGUCUAAGAUAUAUUGCCCUAUGAUGGUUUCUUAUGCUUACAGAAUCUAGGGGCUUCAUCCUAGACUAAAGAUAUCAUUUACUGUGUGCGCAACCACCGCCCAAGACAAAUGCCUUGUUUGCCUUGCGGCUAAAAUGUCCCUGCCUGCAGCAGUGCUCUGAUACAGUGAGGGGAGAGGGAUAGGAAGCGCACCUCUCCAUUCAGUGCCGGCCCUUGGUGGCCAUGUGGAAAAUCUGGCCAUGUGUAUGAUUACUAUUAGUGAUAAGUUAAUAACAAACACCUGCAACUAAAGUACUACAACAUCUAUACAAGCUGUAUUAGAAUUGUUACUUUGAAAUCCACCAGAAAGAGGCUUUGUAUCCGUGGGGAGUGUAACACACAGUAGUGGGAAGUAGUCAGGCACUCAUUACCUGUUUAAACUUUUCGGUUUCAAUGUAAAUAUGCAAAUUAAGGCUCUACCACAAGAUGGUGCAGAGUCACAGUAAACGUAAAGUUAAAGGCAGACGUUACUUAUAACAUACUAUGUCUGUAAAAGGCUGGUAAACGGAUGGUUUGGCUCUACUUAUUUGCCGGCUGCCUGUACUCUAAAUAUAGAAACAGAGGAGCACAGUGACAGAACUCAUCAAGAGUGUACGCUUUGGAUCUAUUUUUUGGAGGGCUAAAACCCUCCUAUGGUGUGGUAGUGCCUACUAUCUCCCUUCUGCUUUGUACACUAUAAUAUUCUGCUCGUCACGGUGUAUAAAUAUAACCCAACACACAGCCUAUAAAGCAGAUUGUAGAAUGCACCUAUAACGGUCCUUACAGUGACUGGGCUUAACGAGUGUAAAAGAAAUAGUGAACAGGGAUAAACCAAGCCCAAAGGAAAGACAGAAAUCGAUUAUUCAAGGUACAAAGCCAGGUCAGGUGUUAGAAUUCUUUUUUUAAAUCUAUGCAAUGCUUAGUAAAUAUUCCCCUAGUCAUACAGAGCUAUAUAUUCUAUGUUACAGGGUGUCAGUCUCAUGUCCUGCUUUCUACAUCUGUAUUUCUUAUUACGUAGCUAAAGUAGUACUGUAUACAUAGCUUGAAAGACCAAAUGGUCAGUAGGCCUAAUUAUAAUACAAGAUACUCAUGCUUUGAAAGAGUUAAACUCGCAUGUUGUAACAUACAAUAUUUUUCUGUUCUUGUGUUCUUGCGCCUGACACCGGCUUUCCCUAUCUUUUAUAAACAUCCUGCACUUGAAAAAAGUAGCAUUCUUUCUAGCCCCUGCAAUUUUUAAUUGGGUUCCUAAAUCAAGGACUGUCACUUGCAUCAGUUAACAGGAAACUAACUAACAACAAUAGGUAAUGUUAUAUGAAAAGUUAUACUUUCUGUUCUGUUACUCCUAUGAUUAGUUAACUAAACUAACUAACAGCAUUACGAUAUGUCAUGUGAAAAAUUAUACUUUCUAUUCUGAGACUCCUAUGAUUAGUUAAUGUUUCUGUUGAUGUAUACACCCCUAGACAAACUGUGUUUUAUGUAUACCAUGUACUAAAACCUUUGAAUGCCUAUUGAUACUACAUCUGAGUGGUGUGACUUCAUUGAGUAUUCCCAGCAGCUGAUUAAAGAGACAAAAGAAAGCAGAAACGUCUUUGUUUGGAGCAUAAGUCAAUGGCAGCCUAAAGAUUUCCAGACCCUGUUGUGAUUUCCAGCCUAACAUCAGGGAAGCUAGAUAACAGGAUAGUCAUGAAUAGCCGAGUUCAUAAACUGGAAAUUUAGAAAUUACUAUCAAAACACACUAUUGGGACACUAGGAACAACAGCAGAGGGCUGUAAUAUUCUCCGAUUUAUAUGUUGGGGGUGUGUUUGUUGUAAUCACGCUCCCAAAACAUAACAGAACAUUGAAUUAGAUAACUCCCAUUUAAUAAAUAUUUUGAGAAGAUGAUUGUAGCGGAGGCCUGGUAUUUCACAGGUUAACUCCACCAAGAUCCCAGUGAGGCUCAGGAACAAGUGAUGAAAAAUCCCAUGAAGCAAUAAUUCCAAUAAGCAAGGCAAUCCAAGAUUAUCCCCAUACAGAUCCCAAUGACUGGACGACACACAGCAUCAGGAGCAGAACUGACUUUUAUUACACACAACCUCCUUUUAAGCAUUUCUCCCAUGCAAGGGAGGGAUUCACAUUCAUUAGGACAGUACCCAAUGGCAUUGUAGUUACCUCCCACCCAUCUCCUCCCCUUAGUAUGACACCUAAUCCCAUUAUACCAGACACAGUUUUCCCCAAGUUCUGGAUGUACCCCAAGAUUAGCAGGUACACCCAUACUUAGUAUUCCCUGGUAGCCCUGAUCUGGGUGACCAACAUAUCCAAAAUUCACCCAGAUCAGACCAGGGGUUCGGGAGUUAGGUGGAGGGUGAAAUUUGACCGCCUGCACACGAGGGGGUAUCCGAAACGGGUUCCAUGCGUUUUGGCCCUGUGGUCGGUCUCCGUUCAGGAGGUAAAAUACAUAGAAAUACAUGCCAUCCAUGAUUAAACUGUCAUUCGCCUGAAUGCCCUUGCAUGGUACUCCAAACUCACCGAACGGGGUGCUGAUUCAUCUUCCCAUUCGGGAGUUAUGGAGCUUUGGAGGUGUCAGCGGUGUUCGGGUAAUCGAGUGUCCGAUUUGAGUUCCAGACACUCGACGACCAAACACAGCUGAGUCUUUCGUGCAUAAAAUGGCCGCCGCCGCCACAUGUUCGAAUGGCGGCCACCCAGAUACAUCAAUAAACCACCUAUUAGUCUGCGGUUAACACAUGUUCGACAGCCUAAUUGGGAACACACUUCACUCUGGGGAGGUCUAUUAGUUUGGUAGUUUCCAUUCGUAUGAAAUACAGAUGGAAACUACCGAACAAACAUACGAAUGCCAUUUACAGGGAAUAUAAAUCAGAGACAACACACGAAUUGCAGGAUUCUCAUAGUUUUUUAAGGACAGCCACAGUGCUAUCUGCUACAAUGGUAUAGAAUAUAUCUGGGUUACAAGUGGGAUGGCUCCCACAGCUCUAGCUGCUGUUGGCCCAGGUUACUCGUUGAUGAGUUGUCAAGGUUUUAAUUAUGGCCUCAUUGUUUUUUGGUCAGCUUGGUGAUCAGUGAUUUACCUCUUAAAGCACCACUAAAGUCAACCUGGCUGUUUCAUCUCACUGAAGUGGUCUGGGUGCAGCUGUCCUGUCAAUGUAAUCAUUUUGCCACUAGUGGCUCUUCCGUUGCACUCAACGAGUAAAAAUCAAUCCUGUGACGCGAAAGCCACCGAAAAAAAGCUUUGGUUCCCAGUGCUCCUCUAUGAGAAGGAUUGUAUUGGAACACAUUGAAGGAAGCCAUGCCUCCUCCAAGAAAUCUCGGGAGGCAGAGAGGUAUGCAGCUCCCAGGGAGACUCGGUGCUGGAAAUAGAAGGUAAGUAAUACUUCUAUCUUACAAAUUGUUAUGGGACGGACCUAUAUAACAAGUGACAAGAUCACUAAAGCAUUGGGAAUAAAGGUUUGUAUUCCUUAUGCAUUAGUGUUCAUUCAAGCAUAACUUGAAUUGAUGGCUCAUAUGUACUCCCUACUGGUUACCAUUAAACAUGACAAAGUUGUAUCUAUAAUUCUGACAGGAGUUGUCCACCUCAACAUCUUCGAAGAUGAAGACGUACGUCUGGAUUCAUUUAAGAAAUGGCCUGAAAAUGCCCAUGCAAUGCCUGCUGACCUUGCUCAAGCUGGAUUUUACUACACAGGUUAAUUGUGAUUUUACUUCUAUUAAAACUUCCAUUAUCCCUAUAUAAUAAAACUGUGUUUAGGCUUUGCAUGGUCACCAACCCUCUUUAAUGUCGCCUAGUCCAUCUACAUAAUGCAGCGUUUUGAAAAUGAAAGAUAGUGUACAAUCUGAUAGAUUAUCAUAAUUUAGCAAAAAAAAAAAUAUUUUUAUCACAUGAAAUAACAUUUUAAUCCCUUAGAUAAGUCAAGCUAAUUCUAUGUUCUCUUAUUUUAGGAGUAGCUGAUGCUGUUAAGUGUUUCACAUGUGGAAUUGGCCUUAUUGGUUUUGAUCCAGGGGAGGAUCCUUAUACAGAACAUUUGAGACACAGCUCUUCGUAAGUAUACAGUUUUGAAGAAAUUAAAUUUAUAUACCUGACUCUCGAUAUAAUCUAUAAUUUUUUAACGUUCCUGGAUUUUGGUGGAAUAUCAAAAUUCAUCUGGAGCUCAUCUCACGAGUGGUGUACCUACCAUGGUCCCAGAGGUCGCAGUUGCGACCGGCCUGCCACUCCAACGUGCACGGCCGCCUUUUUGACCCCUGUGCCUGUGGGCCGGAAUAACUUCAGGGUCGACUGGUGACGUCAAAUGAGGAACGUACAGCACAGCGCGCCCCUCCUGCCGAUCACAACAUGUAGUGUGGCUGAGUGGACUGCGGGUAGAGGGUCCUCUGUUUUUCUCUUCCCCGUCAGACAGGAGGUGCUCACUGAGAGCACUUCCUGUCAGAAUGGGUGCUGCGGUCCGCUUGGCCACGCUACAUGGACAACGGAGAGCAUGGAGAGCAGGUACAGAGGGAGAUGGGAAAGAGACCCACGGAAAGGACUGGCGGGGGGGAGGGGGAGGCGGGAUUGAGACAUAAGGAAGGGACAGAGGGGGGAAAUUGAGACAUUAUAGAAGGGACUGGGGAGGGAAAUGGAGACACAUGGAUGGGACUGGGGGAAUGAGACCGUGGAUGGGACUGGGGGAAUGAGACACAUGGAUGGGUCUGGGGGGAAAUGAGACACAUGGAUGGGACGGGGGGGAAUGAGACACAUGGAAGUGACUGGUGGGAGAAUUGAGAAACAUGGAAGGGGGAAUGAAACACAUGGAGGGGCUGGAGGAAAAUUGAGACACAUAAAGGGGAUGGGGGAGAAUGAGCCACAUGGAGGGAAUAGGUGGGGUGAGACACAUGAAGGGGAUGUGGGUGUGAGACACAUGGAAGAACUUGGGUGGAAAAUGACACUUGGCAGGGGGGGAUGAGACACAUGGGGGAGCCCCAGAUUAAUUCUUACCCCAGGGCAUGGUAGUUUGUAGUUACGCUUCUGCAUCUCACCGUGCAGAUUGUAAAGAUCAUGUGGACUACUGAGGAACCAUCUGCUAAUGUAUCUCCAUUCUGUGCAGAAACAGAUGGGUCUGAAAUUCAGUUCAGCAAACUGGGAAUAUAGAGACUUUGCCACUCCAUCAUAUUCAGACAAGUUUGCUAAAGGCCAUAAUGACACCAAAUACAUUUUGUCUAUUCAUACAUUUUUCUGAUUAGUUACAGAGACUCUAUCCUAGUACAUAUUUAAGGAAAAGAUUUAUGGUAGUGGAGGUACCGCACUGGAAAACUGAUUGGGCAAGCAAAAGUGUGUUCCAGACUACCCCUCCUAGUCCGCUUCUCGAAUGCCAUUUUGUUAUUAUUAUUGUUAUUGCAGGUGUGAGUUUUUACAAAACCUGGCACAAAGUAAAUCUAGAGAGGUGGAAAAUGAAAAACUUAAGAAAAAUCUUCAAACUCAGGUAACAAAAAAAAUUGAAAUGUAUCAUACUAGAAACAUAGAAUGUGACAGAUAAGAACCAUUCAGCCCAUUUAGUCUCCCAAUUUUCUAAAUACUUUCAUUUGUCCCUGGCCUUAUCUUAUAGUUAGACUGAUCAGCUACAGCAUUAAAACCACUGACAGAUAAAUUGAAUAAGAUUGAUUGUAUAAUUACAAUGGCACCUGUCAAGGGAAUGGUGUAUAUAUUAGGCAGCAAAUGAACAGUCAGUUCUUGAAUUUCAUGUGUUGGAAGCAGGAAAAAUGGGCCAGAGAAAAGAUCUGAGUGACUUUGACAAGAGGAAAUAGUGAUGGUUAUACGACUGAGUCAGAACAUCUCCAACAUGGUAAGUCUAGGGGGUGUUCCCAGUAUGCGGUGGUUAGUAUCUACCAAAAGUGGUGCAGGGAAGGACAAGCGGUGAAGGUCACGGGCUCCCAAGGCUCAUUGAUGCAUGUGGGGAGCGAAGGCUAGGCUGUCUAAUAUGAUCACACUGUAGCUAAAAUUGCUGAAAAACCUAUAUCAUGAUGGCCAUGAUAUAAAGGUGUCAAAACGCACAGUACAUAGCAGUUUGCUGCUUAGCUGCAGACCAAUCAGAGUUCCUACGAUGACCCUUGUCCACCAUUGAAAGUGCAAAAGUGCCUUCAAUGGGGACAUGAACACCAGAAAUAAACUGUGGAGAAAUGGAAAAAGGCUGCCUUGUCUAAUGGAUCACGUUUUCUUUUAGAUCAGGUAGAAGGUCGGGUGCAUGUCUCUUUUUUACCUGCAGAAGAGAUGGCAGCAGGAUGUACUAUGGGAAGCAGGCCGGCCGAGGCAGUGUUAUGUGCUGGGCAAUGUUCUGCUUGGAAACCUUUGGUCCUGGCAUUCAUACGGAUGUUGCUUUGAUAUGUACAAUCUAACUAGAGAUUGUUGCAGACCACGUACACCCAUUCAUGGCAAUGGUGUUCCCUGAUGGCAGUGGCCUCUUUCAGUAGUAUAAUGCACCCUGCCACACUGCAAAAAAUGCAUGGUUGGUUUGAGGAACAUGACAAAGAGCUAAAGGGCAGACCAUUGUUCUUUGGAUUAUAGUGAUGGGAAUUGCAGAUCACAGUAUCAAAAAGGCUGGUCCCAGCCUAUGUUCACCUUUAAACCUAAUUCCCCUCAACACAAUGUCCCUCUAAAUCUCCUGCAUGGGUUCACUGAUGAAUUCCUUGUCAUUACUGCAUUGGUUACAGCAUUGUACAAUGCACUGCACUAAUGUUUACCAUUAAAGGGACACUCCAGGCACCCAGACCACUUCUGCCCAUUGGAGUGGUCUGGGUGCCAACUCCCACUACCCUUAACCCUGCAACUGUAAUUAUUGCAGUUUUUUUAUAAACUGCAAUAAUUACAUUGCAGGGUUAUCUCCUCCUCUAGUGGCUGUCUGCUAGACAGCCACUAGAGAGCACUUCCGUGUCCCUAGCAGAGUGCCAGAGUGUCGCUGGACGUCCUCACACUAUGUGAGGACCUCCAGCGUCGCUCAUUUUCCGCAUUGAAAAGCAAUGUGCAUUAGGUCUCCCCGGCCGGUGGGCGGGAUCAGUCGACGUAAUGAAGAGGAGGAGCGGCGGCGGAGGGAGAAGCAGCGACAUGGGACAUCGUCGCUGCCUCUGGUAAGUUACUGAAGGGGUUUUCAUUGUUUUCCUGGCACUGGAGUUUCCCUUUAACACUAUAAUGUCACCACUGUUUUUAAUGCAGUAACAUUAUAAGAUCAAAGUGCAUAAUGUAAAUAAUGUAUUUUCACAGCGGGUUGUCUGAGAAAACCACUGUUGUAUACCCUAUCCAUUGACAAAUAAUAUUACAAUUGGAACAAUGAUAUAAAAAAAUAAAAAAAUGUGCCACAAAAAAAGGUCCUUAUAAAGGCUUUACUAUGCAUUUAUUCUCAGUCAGAGAUCUCUGAUUAGUUGGCUUGGAAAUCAGCCAAUAACUGUCCAAUCACUAUAUCUUCUUAAUAUCUUCACUGCAGGACAAUGGGAGGAGAUAAAGGGGGACCAUAGACAGGACACCCUUAUGUUAAUACUAUUUAGUCCUCCCUAUAGUUACUCAUAAUAAGCUCUGCAUAUCGUAAUUAAUUUACUUUUACAGUGGUGACUGGCAAGCAAGACCUGGCCCUUGUGCUACUAAGUGGGUUUUUUCCCCACUGGCUGCUAACACUACUGACUAAUCCCAUCAGAAGGCAUAUAGUUUGAAAAAGAAACAGGUAUAGGUGCUCUCUAUAGUGACUACAAAUGCGGCAGCAGCAAACCAGCAGGGAUUCCCAGUACCUGCUAAUAAUCAGAAAAGUGCAAGAAACAGAAGUGGAAUACCGCGCCAAUAAAAUAUAAAGAGUAAAAAGUAUAUAUAUACAUACAGAAUUGUUCAACAAUGUAAUGAUUGGAUGUCAACCUUAUAGAGAAAAGAAAUAAAAUAUAGACAAUAAUAGUGCAGUAUGUCAAAUAAGAUAAUAUAUUCUCCUAUGAGGUAUACGGAAAACUGGUAGAAGGACUAACUCACACUUUCCAGAGCUACUAAGAGCUCUACUGUAUAGCGCCUGGACGGUAUAAUCCCCGUCUUAGGAUAUGAGAUCAAUGAUGAGGCGUCGCUUCUAAGUCUCCACAAUAGUACAUAAAACAAAGAACAUAGAUAAAAUCCAAUAGUGCAGUAUAUCUGGUGAAUAAUGUAUAGUAGAGAAGGUAAGUAUCUUACUUACAAUUUCCAGAGCAAUAAACUUGCUCUGGUGAUGAAAACUUGAGGUGGUAUAAUCCCCACCUGAGGAUUUGGGAAGGGUCCAAGGUGCACCAGGAACGGAAGAUAUAUGAGGGAGCAGAGUAAUAAAUAAAACUAUAAAUUUAUUGUAAAAUAGUACAAAAUAUAAAAUAAGUGACAAUAAUAUAAUCAAUAAUAAGUCUCUAGCUCCACUUGACGCGUUUCGCCCUAAACAGGGCUUCCUCAGAAGUUUACCGAUCGGCAAAUUCAGUCCUUGGUUUGGAUGUUUAAAAUAUUGGUCAGGAUUUUAACAAUCUGGCCCCUAUUUUAAUAAUUCAGAAGUGAGUUUUAGCCGUCCAGUCCCUGAAAUCUGGACAGACACAAUUCUGUCUCAUUUGUAGCCAGUAUUGCAAAAUCUGGACUUUGUUUAAUUAGUAUGAACAUUUUUAUUGUCUGAAUGGCCGGAUUCUGCUGUCCGAAUGCCUUACCGGCAAAUCUGGACAUGGAGCAUUCAGACUUUCAUAAAUAACCCCUGGUUCUGGAAAUGUCUCGUAGACUAACAAAUAUAGACAAAUUAACAAUUUUCCUUCUUUCUUGAUCAGUUUUGUGUCUCAGAAAUACAGAAAACCUGUCUGAACAAUGAAAUAUAUGGUAAGUGACUCUUUGUAAACUAAAAUUAUUAAAUGAUGUAUAAUAUUAGUGGGAACAAAUUAUGUUGUUUUCAUACAGGAACCAUUUCUAUUAUUAGAUAGGGACUUCAAUUUGUUAAGGUAGGAGAACAUUUGGAAGCUUACACUGAGUCAUAAUGUCUAAUUUCUAGAAUGUUCACACUGUUAUAUACAUUUUCUCUAUUAUAUUUAUUAAUAUUAUAUAAUUAAAUAUCUAUCUGUCUGACUACCUAUCUAUCUAUCUAUUCUCAGAUUGGCUAUUUGGACCUUGAAUUUGAAACUCUCUUUUUUUAGGAAAUAACCCAGAAUGUGAUCCACUCUCUCUAGCUUCUCAGCAUACCAUUAAAAGAAGAGUUGCCUGAAUUGAUUACAAUAGUUGCAAUAAGCAGUUUCUGCAAACAGCAUUUCUUGUGAAAGAAGGCUAGAACAUGUAUAUUCCUGUACGGGAUUUGAAAACACACAAUCUGCUUUUUGAAAUGACAGGAAGAUUAUGAAAAAUAUAUGUAAAAUAUAUUAUUAGAUUAUAUAUGUAUGUAUAUGUUAUAUAUGUGUAUAUGCAGCUUAAAUGGUGGUAGUCUUUAAAACUGUAAAAAUAUAUUCCAUAUGAAGAUGUAUGAGACCAGUCUUUAUUUUAUGGCUCUUCCACUGUAAUGAUAACAUCUCAUUGAACACCCCAGAUGAGGAUGAAUAAAAACUUUCGAAGUUCAAAAUAUUAGCUCAAUAAAAUAAAAAGGUUGGAAGGGAAAAAUCCGCCACCAAUCUCCUAAGAGGAGCGCUAGUUUCAAAUGCACUUACCUCUAAUUCUUAAAUAGUCCUGUAUUGGACAUAGGGUAAAAAAGAGAAAAUAUAUUUUUCUAUAUUUUUAUGUCCAAUAUCUCUCUUAAGAAUUAGGGGUACUUGCAUUUGAAACUAGCUCUCCACUUAGGAAAUUGGUGGCAGAUUGUUCCCUUCCAACCUCCUUAUUUUAUUGUGUUUAUGUUUGGGUGGAUAAGAGAGAUUUCCAUAACAGUGGGGUAACUGCAGUCUGCUACAAGAUUGACAUUUCUAUACGUAAUUUUUAAGCGCUUAUUUUAUACACAGAAUAUCCCUUUUUUCAAAAUAUUAUCUACCUCAUAUGACCAGUUGUUGCUAGUUUUCUUCAUAUUAGUAUAGGGCUCAAAAUGUCCACUCAUUGACUAGCCUUUGUCAAGUUAAAAUUCACUCCCUGGUGAGUGUUCCACUCAUCAUCCUGGUUUUCCAGGUAAAUGUCACGUUUUGAAAUAACCGCGUAUGACUUGAAAUGUUGAGACCUGCUUACUAUAAAUAAUCUUCGGCCCGGUUGCACACUUCCAAUAAGCUUUUAAUUGUGUAAAUCAUUUCUUUCAGGCACAGACAUUUCCAGUGAGUGUUGGGUUCAAGAAGCAGCAAACCUAAAGCACCAGUUGAUGGCAUUUUACAAUAGCUGGAACUUCAGUAAACUGUCAUCAUUUCCUGAUUCCUCCCAUCUUUCCAUAGACCUGAAAUCCCUCUUUGCAGACAUAUCUGUGGUCUUGAAGGACACCAAGAAUCAGCCAGUUCGGCAGCUGACAUUACCUGAUAUACUGUCCGUUCUGAGUGAUAUCACCAUGAUAGAAGGUGAGGCUGGCAGUGGGAAAACGGCUCUGCUCCGAAAAAUAGCCAUUCUCUGGGCCUCAGGAACCUGUCCCAUACUCAGCCGGUUCAGCCUUGUCUUUUAUAUCUCAAUUUCCUCCACUGAAAACCAACAAACAUUAAGUGACAUAAUCAGAAAACAACUCGUUGGAUCCACGACAUUGCUUAAUGAAAAUGUUCUGGAAGAAAUUAUAAGACAUUUAGGAAACCAAGUCCUGUUUCUUGUGGAUGACUAUGGUGAAACAGAAUUGGCUCCUGAAGCCAUAGAGGACCUUAUGCUAAAUAAUCCUGCCAACAGAGUGAGUGUUGCAGCCACCACAUGUACUGGCACGGGCAGGAAGCUGCGGAAAUAUGCAAGGAAUGUAAUUGGCAUUCAAGAAUUCCCAUUGUACAGCUCAAUAUAUCUUUGUAGGCAGCUUUUUUCACAUGACAUGGCAUUUGUGGAGACCUUUUUAUUGGAGUUAAUAUCUUCAAAAACAUUGCAAGCUGCAUUAAAGACCCCUCUUUUUGCGUUUGCUCUUUGUGUUUACUGGGUAGAGAACCCUAACGAAAAAGUAUCAGGGGAUACUGUGAUUUGCAAAGCCUAUCUAAUGCACAAUAUGUUAAAUCAUCCCAAAGAAAGAGACAGAGUAAAAGCUCUGAUCUCAUCAUGCGGGCAAUUAGCCCUGAAUGGUCUCAUCCAGUCUUGCUUUGAGUUUACGGAUGGAGAUCUGUGUACAUCUGGUGUAAACAGCAAUGAUGCUCUCAAAUUUGGUCUUCUGAGUAAGUUAACCUCCCAGAGACUUCAUCCCAUCUACAAGUUCUUUCACCCAUCUUUUCAGGAGUUUCUUGCUGGCAUAAGGAUCAAUGAGCUCAUGGAGUCUACUGAUUCAGUUCAAGUAGAACAUGCUACAUUAUAUCUCCGUCAAAUUAAUACCUUCAUUAAAAUUGCUGGACGUUAUCAUUAUUUUUUAAAGUACUCGUGCAUGCAUUCUCCCAAAACAACAUCCAUUAUUAUUUCCUACCUGUUUGAUUUAAUGAAUAACAGUGAUGCGUAUGACUGUCAAGUAGACACAACCAAUCAUUUGCAACAUCACCCUGAUCUUGCAAACAUAGAAGAAAUUAUAAGCUUACUAAGUAGCAACAAACAACAUUUUCUCCUUUCGUUUGUAUUUUACAUGUUAUUGUAUUUCUCUAUUAAAGUAGCACAAGAAAGCAAUUCGAUGACUGAAUGUGCUCCCAUCAUCUUGCGUUUCCUUAGUGGACAAGAUCUCUCUAUGGAUUUAACUUCACCAAAUGUGGAGCUAUGUAGAUUUCUGAAGCAAUAUCCAGAAGCUUUCUCAAUGAUUAGGAGCCUCACGCUAUCUGUAUCUGGAACUGAAUGUGAAUCAGAUCUGGAUUUUGUACAUAACGAUGACUUUGCAUCUCACUGGGAUGUUCAAACGGUUGACCAAGAAUAUUCUCAAGCUUUCCAAUUAGUUUCAGAAGUCUUUCAGAAAACCACUCCUAAGAACUAUCUUCUUAGGAAAAAUGUGGACCUUUCCAAUUUGGUUUUCAACGUAGGAACUUCCAAAAGUCCUGUUUUAAAGAUUGAGGUUAGCGGCCACAUCAUAGAUUGGGGCACUUUACUUUGCAAUCUAAUGGUUUUCUUGUCUCUUUCUGACCGCAUAGAACUGUACGUAAAGUGCUGUCCAGGGUUUCUUGCAUCUGUCAGGAUGUGCAUUGAGAAAUAUGUUGACAAAUUUGUAAAGUGCAGUAUUUGUAAGGUAGGACUAAGCACAGAAGAGGAAAAGCUGAUUAUCCAGAUGUCAUCACUGGAAACUCUUGAAGUAACUGUCUCUCAUCUUCCAGGUGAUUAUUUUACAUUACUUCGAUUGAGCAUUUAAUACUCCGGUUACCCCAACCUAUGCAGAAGUCUGCCCUUUGCCGGUCCAAUCCCUUUUAUAAUUGGAAUUAGCUUUAUUUCCAACAUAGUGAUUUUAAAUGAUUACAUAAUAAAAAAACAAAAUACAAACAAACUGACCUAAACUACCAUCCUUUGCUGUAAAUGAGAAAGUAUCUAAAGGGGCUACAUUAAUAGUAUCAAUAUUUCCAACCUUGAUUACCGUGAUAGUUCAUCCACUCCUCCCUCUCUCAGCCUAUCACUGUCUCCCAAUUUGGAUGAAUCUUAUAGUAUAUAGUACGACUGGGUAGAGCUUGGGUUUGUGUCAAACUGUGUCUGAACAGUUUAGCAAAAGUUGGGACCCAUAGACCAGUGCUCCUCAACCCUCUCCUAACAGUGCAGGAUUUAGGGAUUACCUGUGUGUCUAAGCUGUUAAAAAUACAACAACAACAAAAAAAACACCUUAGACUCUGCAGUGGUCCCCAACCAAGUCCUCUUGGACCACCAACAGUCCAUGAUUUAUGUAUUUCCCUGUUUUAUUCCAAUGGAGAUACUGAUCCAACCUGGACUGUUGAAGGUCAAUGAGGACUGGGUUGGAGAAGGUGUUUUUAUUUCUUUUUCUAAACACCUUAGACACAUCCGGGUAAUACCUAAAUCCGUGACAGUUAGGUGUGCCUUGAGGAGAGGGUUGACAGCAUAAUUAUGGCAUUAAGCUUCAGUGGUCAUGAUGCUUUGUGUGGCCCUUUAAUGCCAGCCCCUCUAUCCUGCUUUCACUGAGUGGUAAACUCUAUGCACUAACAAAGUGUUAUCAAUUCAGUCUUGUUUUUCAUUAGUUUUAUAUCUACUGUAGAUAAUUUAUGGGGUUUUUUUUUCUUCUUUUUCUCCCUAGAAUAUUUAAUUUCACAUUUGGAUAGAUUCCAGGAACUAAAGGAACUGAUACUGACCUGUCGUUUAUCUGACGAAUGGGAUGUGAUUAAUAUUUUGCCAGAUGGUUUUAAAAAACUCCAACAUAUAAAAAAAAUAGAGCUAAACAAUGUGAAUCUGAGAACACAUUCUUUGCAGUUUGGUAAGCAAUAUAGAUUUUUAAUAACGGGUUUGUUUUUGUAAGGCAUAGCGGAAGACUGAAUUAUACUAAUGAUACUCAGAUCACUAAGGGCUUGUUUACAAUCUUGAUGCUGCUUUUUAUGUUUUUUAUUAUCCAGCCUGUCACCACCUGUCACAGCAGCUACUAAAUAACCGCUUUAUUUCACAAGUAGUUACAUGGGGUUGCUGACUGCUGAAAUCACAAACUAGCGGCUAAUGGCUCUCAUUGUCCUUAAUGGGAGCCACUAACUUCUGCUGAGUGUUCUGUUUUACAACCGUGUUGCUACUUUUUAACAGCCGCCUCUAAUUCAAAAGAGUUAAUACCAGCCCCUUGCUGAGAAUAGAGGAACGUAAUUGAAUCCCUAUAUAACCGAUUAAAAGAAAAGGUCUUUUUCUAACCCCACGACCAGUUUUUACUGGCCCGCACAGGGUGAAGUGCGCAUGUUCCUGUGUUCAUUUACAUGCUUUACCAGCAAAAGGCUAAUAUGCAAGUGUUUCAUUUCUGUAGCAGGAGCUGGUUGUAGCGAUAGGCUACAAAAACUUUGCAUUAAAAUUAUAAACCUGGUUGCAAUUUGUAGCUGAUCUAAGCUGCUGGUUGUUAUUAAUAGCAUUUAACAAAAAAGACUGCACUCCUGGUUCUACCAUGGUGCCAGUAGAAACAGGUAUUCUAGAUUGAUGCUCCAGACAAAUAGGUUGGCGUACCUCAGAAAUAUACUUGCAAAAGCAUUUGGUUUGUACAGACUUUAUUAGGAACCAUAGACUUUAACCCCUUAAGGAUACAUGACAUGUGUGACAUGUCAUGAUUCCCUUUUAUUCCAGAAGUUUGGUCCUUAAGGGGUUAAAAUGACAUUUCAGACAAGCUGGCCUUUGUCAAGCUAUGAUGACUUGACAGUUUGGCCGCAACGUUGUCAUUUUUUGAAAUUAAUAUUUUAUUGCCUUAUAGAACAAGGGUACGGGAUACAGAAAAAAGAGAGGAUGUGGGGGUUGGGAGGGGGAAUUCAUAGUAUAUUUCAUACAUCAGACAUUGCAGGUAUCUUUGUUUAUUGUACAGCCAGUCUUCGUAUUUAACAUCGGUUGGAUGAUACAUUAUAUCUACGUAACAUUUAUAACAGUGAUUCUGUCCACCUGGAGCCUUUGUUGGUACAAAACCGAGUGAUUUGGCCAACCGAGUUGUAUUAUUAUCUUUGGUUUUGCAUGACAUAUAAACGAGUAACAUAAAAGAAAACGAAGAACUAUAUACAAAGGUCCGUCUAAGGGAGUGCAAGGAUGCACAGACUGGUUAAACAUGGGUCUGAGAGCCUGUGGAGGGUGGGAAAACCCAUAAAGGGAUAUCGUGCCCUGUGAUUGGGAGCGGUUUGCUAGGCCCUCGAACGUGCAUCUUGUAUUGUUAGCAGUUUGGGAGGGGGGAGAAACAUGGGUACAGGAUUUUUAAACAUAACCCCCUUUUUUAGUAAACAUCAACCCGGUAUACAAGUAAAAUCUAAUGAGGAAAAUAUUAAGUAUGAAUACAUAUCUUAAUUGAUGUCUCUUAUCUGUUAUAAAGAUUUGGAAGGCACAGUGUGAAUUUUCUUCUGGUAAAGAAAUGGGGCACAAUCAUUGCACCGCUGCUGCUGUGUGCCAGUCGGUGGUGAUUUUUGACAGUGAGUGCUGCAGCUUUUGUUUUGUUGCUUGGCUUCUCGGCAUAGCCACUGGUAUCUUCCAUUCCUUGAGUGUUCUACCGCCUUCCUCCAGCGUUAUGUGUCUCGUCACGCCAUUAUAGUUGACAAUAAUGCAUGCUGGGAACCCCCAUUUGUAUUUCAGGUUUUUUGCUCGCAAUGCUUGCGUGAUCGGAGCGAGACUUUUCCGUUUCAGGAGUGUUGAGGCUGACAGGUAAGUGAAUAGCUUCACUGCUGCAUAUCUGCCUGUCAUAUCUGGGGAGCGGCGUGAGGCCCGCAUGAUUUUUUUUACUUUAGCCGUGAAGUAGUGCAGCUUGGUUAUUACAUGCCUGUGCAGUGAUUGCAGCAGAUUUUGCGGCUUAGGCAGCCUGUGGAUCCUGUCUAGGAGAAGGUCUCUAUGUGAGAGCUCUGGGGCUAACGUUUGAAAAAGCUCUAUAGUAUAUGUGGCCAGAUCCUGAGGAAGGAUUUCUGGGAUACCCCUCAGGCGGAUGUGGUUGGCCACUUUGUCUUCCAGCCUAUCCAGCUCUGUAUAUGAGUCUGCCAAUGUAUUAUGAGCUUCAAUUAUUUCCUCUGUUUUUUCUUCCAAUUGGUUGGUUCUCUCUGCGAUGGCAAAUUCAGCAUGCAUGGAGGUUUGCAGAUCGUGUAGCAUCUUUUGAACUGAGGAGUCUGUUGCUGGAGCUUGGUUAGGCAUUGAAAUGCUUGUGCUCUCACUGCGGUCCGAGCAAGAGGCAGGUGAUCGCGGUCCGUUGGCGCCAUUUUGGGAGCGCGGCUAGGACAGAGCCGCGAUUUGCAGAGUAGAUUUCUGCUCUUUUUGGGCAGAUUUUUGUGCCAUGAUGUGUAGGGGUGCUGUGGGGACCUGGUACUUGCCGUUUGCGGGCUUGCAUUCGCUGUUUUUGUCGCUGUGGAUUAAUCCCUCAUAGGGAGCAAACCGCUCAUGCAGCCAUCUUGGUGAGCUGCUAAACCACACCCCCAACAUGGUUCCUAAUAAAAUCUGCACAAACCAAGAUACUUUGAGUGCCUGGUUAUUUCAUCUACUCUUGCAAGGCUGUUUGUUAUUAGUGACAAGCUUUUGACUUCUUUUUACCAAGAAAGUUAUAAUCAAGCCCCAAGCAUAAUGAGGAUUGUAGUUCAAAACAUUACAAAAAUUUACAAAAAAAUAUCUCAGGAAUGCUUGCUCUGCAGCUCAUGAGAAUAAAUUAAAUACACAUUUUAUUUAAAAAAAUAAAAAGUCUUAGCGCCAUAUUGGAGAAACCCUUAAGUAUAUACUGGGUACUCUAUGAAAAAAACAACAACUUCAUAUGCAUAAUUUCCAUUAGUUAAAAAAAAAAAACCUUAGAAAUAUCUACAGCAUAUAUUUUUCAGUGUGUAUUCUUCCAAAAAUUUGUGAAAAUAUUUUAAUGUCCAAGAGUUCUUGGGUAGUACUAGACACAUUUUAUUUUUUUGUGGGAGAUGAAUGGCCUUCUAAAACCAGAUUUGAGCUUUUAAAAGACUAGAUUUUAUCGAUAUUUUACAUUGUAAUAUAGGUUAUUUUGGCGUUUAUUAACUAACUUGCAAGUUUUAGGCCUAAAUAAUGGAAAUUUAAAAAAAUAGGUAAUUUGAUUAAUUUUUCAAAUACUACUUUUCUUGUGUGUUUUGCAGCUAAGUUCAUUGAACACUUCUCAAACCUGUCAUGUUUCGUCCUGAGCUGUGACUGCUGUCCGGAAUUUGAAAAGCUGAUUAAAACAUUGUCACAGAAUAGACAAAUAAAAAAAAUACACCUUUCUGGACUAUUUAUAACAAACAAGGAAAUAUUAGAUUUGGGUAAGAAGUUUGGAAAUGAAAAAAUAACCAUUUUGUUAUCGUAAACAAAUUUUUUAAAGUAUUUUGGAAUAUUUUGACCUUCCAAAUAUUGGUUGCAGGGUAAUCAUAUGUUGUUUCUGAUAUUUUUUUCUACAAUAAGAAAAAAGCAGUAUGUUAAACAAUCUUCAAAGCAGGAGUUGGGGGUAAAGAUAAGCGGAAUAGACUGGUGUAAGGAUAAUUUAAACAUAGGACUAUAUUAGGCCAACAACAGACAGGUUCCUAAUAAAUUAUAUCAGAGUAAACAAUAAUACAGUUUUAGAAUAAGUAGGAGAAAGUCUUACAAUGGAUACAAUAAUUUAGUGUAUGAUGGAGAUAGAACACUGUAAGUUUAAAGUAUUGAUGCAAAGCUUUAGACUGUAAGCUUGUUUGAGCAGGGUCCUCAUCUGCCUAUUGUUCCUGUAUCAUUUUGUAAUUGUCUCAUUUAUUGUUAAAUUCCCCCCUUUCAUAAAAUUGUAAAGCGCUGGGGAAUAAGUUGGCGCUAUAAAAAAACCCAAUAAUAAUAAUAAAGCAAUUUGUUUUUCUCUUAAUAUCUGAAAACUCUUAAAAGCCAUGUCUUUUUGCUGAUGAUACUAAGAUAUGUAACAGGGUUGAUGUUCCAGGAGGGAUAAGCCAAAUGGCAAAUUAUUUAGGUAAACUAGAAAAAUGGUGGAUAAGUGCAAGAUAAUUUUAAUGUGGAUAAGUGCAAGAUAAUGCAUAUUGGACUUAAAAACCCAAGGGCAGAGUACAGAAUAUUUGAUAGAGUCCUAACCUCAACAUCUGAGGAAAGGGAUUUAGGGGUGAUUAUUUCUGAUGACUUAAAAGUAGGCAGACAAUGUAAUAGAGCAGCAGGAAAUGCUAGCAGAAUGCUUGGUUGUAUAGGGAGAGGUAUUAGCAGUAGAAAGAGGGAAGUGCUCAUGCCAUUGUACAGAACACUGGUGAGACCUCACUUGGAGUAUUGUACACAGUACUGGAGACCGUAUCUUCAGAAGGAUAUUGAUACCUUAGAGAGGGUUCAGAAAAGGGCUACUAAACUGGUUCAUGGAUUGCAGGAUAAAACUUACCAGGAAAGGUUAAAGGAUCUUAACAUGUAUAGCUUGGAAGAAAGACGAGACAGGGGGGAUAUGAUAGAAACAUUUAAAAAUAUAAAGGGAAUCAACACAGUAAAGGAGGAGACCAUAUUUAAAAGAAGAAAAAUUACCACAACAAGAGGACAUAGUCUUAAAUUAGAGGGACAAAGGUUUAAAAAUAAUAUCAGGAAGUAUUACUUUACUGAGAGGAUAGUGGAUGCAUGGAAUAGCCUUCCAUCUGAAGUGGUAAAGGUUAACACAGUAAAGGAGUUUAAGCAUGCGUGGGAUAGGCAUAAGGCUAUCCUAACUAUAAGAUAAGGCCAGGGACUAAUGAAAGUAUUUAGAAAAUUGGGCAGACUAGAUGGGCCGAAUGGUUCUUAUCUGCCGUCACAUUCUAUGUUUGUAUCAGGGUUAUUCACAAAAGUAGGAAUUAAAAAGUGAAUUCAAAGAUAAUUUAAAAGUAGUAGAAUUGAAUGCAUAGCUGACUUCCAUCUAGGCUAUUUUUACCAUAGAUUUUAAAUUCAAUUUGAAUUCUAACUUUAGUAAAAAACUCUGUGUGUUCCAAAUGUCGUCUGCAGGGCAAUUUUGUGUUUCUUAUUUUUCUGUGCUGCAAUCAUAGUUUUAAUAUAAAAAGAGAUAAAACAAGUUUUUCUCAUAAUUGUGGAUAGAUUGCAAAAAAACUAAACAAAUAAUAAAAAAACAAAAGAAAACUUAGCCAUCAUACCCUUGGAUCUUUUUUUAUUCAGUUAUUAUUUUGAUAAUAAUUAUAACAUUGUACUUAUAGAACUUAUGUGUAUUAAAUAAGCAUUUCUUUAUAUAUUUUUUCAGCUGCUGUGUUGCCAUCACUUACGGAUCUUGUCGUUUUGAAAAUCGAAGGAAAUCGUUGUGUGGACUCUGGUGGCCUAAACGCUUUGGGUAAUACGCAAUAUCACAGAUGUCCAUUUUGCUUUUGCAUUUGAAAAAAUCUUAUAUCAUAUAGUAGUGUUUUGAAUUAUUUGCCACAAUCUCAUAUUUUUUCCUGUCUUUUUAUUUCCUGCUGGAAUAACUGCCUGAUAUUUCAUAAUUGAACCCACGAUAGAUUAUAAUAGAUUAAUUUAUUAUUGAACAUCACCGCAGAGGGCAAGUUUGGUUACUUCGUUUUUCACACAUGGCUUCUCCAUUUUGGCUUUGUCUUUGUUAAACAAAUCAUGGCUCGUUGUAAAAAAUCAUGUGUUGAUGUCCAUCUGAGGAUGCAUUUACCUAAUUUUAAGACCUGCUAAGGAACAGGUGAUUGUUAUUAUGUCUUGAUAUGUAAAACCAUAGAAUUAAAAGAGGGGGUGAUUUCUGUUACCCAUGACUGUAAAAAACACAGGUAUCAAAGCAGAACAACAAACCACAACAGAUUGAGAAUGCUGGAGUACCAUUGUGUAGAACAGGAAACCGAGAAUAUUGUACUUUGUGCAACCACUUGCUACAGCUUCACUCAUUGUCCAGUCAGCCAAAUCACUCAUUAUGCCUGUACAUGAUUACUGACUGCUAUGGUAAUGCUUCCUUCUAUUCUAUCAUCACUCUUUCUGUCUAGCUCAAGCACUACCAUCUCUGGUGAAUCUGGAAGAACUGUAUCUUCCCAGUGGUCCAGCCAUGAAGGAAUCUGCAAUAGUUAUCAUCCGGCAGUUCAAGCAUCUACCGAACCUUAAAAACAUUUAUCUUACCAAUAAUGUCUUGGAUGACAGCAGCUUGAUGGCAUUAGGUGAGAUGGGUGGUGGCAGCAUCAUGCAGCAACUGAAGUGCUAAAACAAGUAAAAAUUCCAUAUACCUUUGCAGUGUAUCUUUUUGCUUAUUAGUAAAAUAGUUUCUACGCUUUUGACUUCACUUUUAACAUAGAUAAGAAAUUGAUUAUAAUAGUUUUAUAUGUGAUUGUCAUCAAACUCUAUCGAAUCUUCUUUAACUACUGUAUUUUUAGCAGUUUUUCAACUAGUGUUUUUUUCUGUUUUUGAGCCUGUGUUACCAUUUAUAAUAGCUGAUGUGUCUUAGAUGAUACGCAUAUAUCAGUGUUUGGAUGCUUUAUGUUUUCUCAAUGUGUUGCAUCGGCCCAUUGAUACCUUACCAUUGUGAUGAUAUAUUGUAUGCACCAGUGGAAAUGGAUUUGCACUAGAUUUUAAACUCUGAAGUACUGCAAAUGAUUAUAUGGACUCUGUAGGCACCAUAACUACCUUAACAAACUGAAAUGGUUAUAGUGCCUGGAGGCCUUGGUUGGCGGUCCCACAUACAUGUUAAACUGUUUAUUCUUUGUUUAGCAGAGAUGCUCAGUCUCUAGCAGGCUACAGAACAGACUUCGAUGAUGAUGUGGCAAAGACCAUCACUGGCAUGGUAUGGUAUGGCAUUGGCAAAGCAUAUAUACGCCUUUACCAUAUCAAAAUUGGAGGCUGGGUUGCAGGCUGAUGGUGAUCUAGCAUCUCUGGUGUGAACGGAUAACAUUAAUGUGUGACCUAGCACCAGUGGAAUCCAAACACCAUAAUCACUUAAAUUUGUUGAAGUGGAUAUGAUGCCUAUAGUGAAAUGUCAAUGCGUAAAAUGAUGUUGAAUAAAUAUCCCCUAACCCACAUUCUUAUUUAGAUGUUCAGCAUCUGGCAAAGAGUGUGACAUCUCUCCUUAUCUUUCCUGCUCAGAAUGUAGAUCUCCAUCGGUUACACAACUACAUCUCCCACGAUGCUUUUCCACCCCUUAGAGUGGCUGACAAAUAAAUUGUAGUCCUAAGACAUAUGGGGAUCUGCCUAGGUCUAAUGUAUUUUAGGCCACUAUGGUGGAGAUUUAACAAAAUGUAAUCUUCUACAAAAGGGACAAAGUACUUAAAGUAGGGAAUCACUAGGGAAACCAGUGACUUCUGGAGGUAUAUUACCUCUUUUUGACAUCUCCUCUUUUACAACAUUGCAACAUUUGUCAGAACAUAAAACUUGAUAAAUCUCACCUUUCACUUCAUUACAUUAGCGUAAAUUAUCAAAGUGUUCUGAAAAUGUCUUUCUGGUGCAAAAAUAAACUAAAAAAAUAAACUAAAAAAUGUAAUGCAAAUAAACAAAAGCUAGCACAAAAGUAAAAUUACAGAAAAGUUGCAAACAAAAAAGUAGGGAGAAAACUGUCAGAAUUGAUAAUUCACUACAGAAAUAAGUACAUGAAAAAAGGUUAUACAUCUUAAUACAUCUCUCCCAAUGUGUCAUCUUGGCCAGAUGAUGUAUUAGACAAUGUGAUCUUUUAACAGGAGUAGGAUGGCUGUGAGUUUGGGGGAAGCAGUGUCAAUAAUUAAUAAUAAUUCUGCUUUAUGCGUUUAACUGUGGUAUGUUUGACUUUGAGCCUACCUCUGUUUCAGUAUGUCAAUCAUGUUUUGUUAGAAUUUAGUGUUUGUCUUGCUUACCUAUUGUACAGUGCUGCAUAAUAUGCUGGCACUAUAUAAAUAAUUGUAACUGUAACAUAAAAGCGAUUUAAAAAAUGUAGGGACCUCAAAUCACAGAAGUGGAAAAAAAUCUCCAAGUGUGCUAUAAUUUCACCUUGGCUAUUAUGAUUUAGAAUUCACUUUGAAUUACCGACACAUUACACUCUAGUAAGUAACCCUGAUUCUGUUUGAAGGAACACUAUAGUCACCAAAAACAACUUUUUCUUAAUGAAGCAGUUUUUGCAUAUAGAUCAUGCCCCCGAAGUCUCAUUGCUAAAUUCUCUUCCAUUUAGGAGUCAAAUUAAUUUUGUUUCUGUCUAUGCAGCCCUAGCCACACCUCCCCUGGCUGUGAAUGACACAGCCUGCACGAAUAAAAUGGUUUCAGUUUUAACCACAUGUUAGCUUGCUUUAGAAGUUUUUAUCACCUGCUUUGUAAAUUGAACUUUAAUCACACAAGGUCUAGCAAGUUUAACAAAGCAACAGAUAAGAAAUUCUAAAUAAUACAGAAUUUGCUAUAAAGGAUGUCUAAACAUUAGAUGACUCUUUACAGGAAAUGUUUAGAAAGCCUGUGCAAGUCACAUGCAGGGAGGUGUGACUAGGGUGCAUAAACAACGUGAUUUAACUCCUAAAUGGCAGAGAAUUGAUCAGUGAGACUGCAAGAGCAUAAUUUAUACACCAAAACUGCUACAGUUGUUUCACUAUAGUGUCCCUUUAAGUUUGGGAGAUAUCAGAGCAGUCAAAGUGGUUAAAUGCAUAUACGAUAUUUAAUCUGUAUUUGUAAACUGCAACUAGAAGACUUAAUUUGAGUGUUACUCAUUUUGAAAUGUAUUUUUUUUUCGCUUAUAGUGGAUGUUUAGAUUGUUACUGAAUUGAAUAAACCCAGCAGGUAUCUUUUAUUCUUGAUGCUAGAUGUUAUUUAUCAUAAAUUAAUUCUGUAUUGCGUCUUUUUCAGCUCACGAGACAAAAGAAGGCAAUUUAAGCAAUCUCAGCAUGCUAAAUCUCUCUGCAAACCAUGAUAUCACACAGGCUGGAUGGAGGGACUUCUUUCUAACAAUAGACAACUUGGCAAGUUUGACGGAACUAUGCAUUGCCAGGGUGUAUGCCCAUCAGUUUAAAACAGACCCGUCAACUCUGAUUGCUUUAGUGCAAUGUGUUUCCCGGCUUCACCGCCUUAAUAAGCUGAUCAUGCAUGGAUGGUUAUUGGAUGAAAAAGAUCUUGAGAUGUUUAAUGCAAUGAAACAAAAGCAUCCUCAGUCAAAAAGCUUUAUGCUUCUGUGGCAAUGGAUAUUACCGUUCCGUCCUAUUGUGAAUGAGUAAUCAUUUAUCAUAAAGGUUAUGUCUUAAUAUUAAACAUCAUAUAUCACGUAGCAUCUUACAGCAUAUUAUUAUUAUUAUUAUGAUAUUUAUAGAGCGCCGUCAAGUUCCGCAGCGCUUUACAAUAGGUGGACGAACAGACAUGUAGUUGUAACCAGACAAGUUGGACACACAGAAACAGAGGGGUUGAGGGCCCUGCUCAAUGAGCUUACAUGCUAGAGGGAGUGGGGUAAAAU